AUGAGAGAUUAUGAUGUAACAACAGACAACUUCAUAUAUAUUCCUAAAUUAGAAAGAAUUCUUCAAGGCAAGUUACUUGAAGAAGCUCCACCAACAGAUUGGGAAACAGUUCCAUCAGUUGCAAGAACAUUAAACUUUGCAUUUGUUGUCAGAGACAAACAAUAUUACUCCGGUGAACCAGGAUAUGUCACAUUUGAUACAGUCACAUUACAAGUUACAGAUGAUGGUCCAUUCAAAAUCACCUCAUUGAGCAGUGCAUCAUCAUUUAGAAGAGGUAGUAAAACAACAAUCCAAUGGGAUGUUGCAGGAACAAAUGCAGGAAGUAUCAAUGCACAAAAGGUAACAAUUAAGUUCUCACCAGAUAGAGGUCAAACAUGGCAAGAUUUACAUAGUAAUGUUGACAACACAGGAAGUUACGAAAUCACAUUCCCGAAUGUUGCAACAACACAAGGAAGAAUCAUGAUCAAACCAGAUGAUAAUGUUUUCUUAACAAUUAAUACUGCUGAUAUAACCCUUACAUAA